AUGUCGUAUGGUUUGGAGAAAGUAGAGCAAGAAGUGUCAGAGUGGAAGAUACUGAAUUUAUCCUUGGGAGUGAGAAGGGUGGCUAAGCUUAGGAAUGAGAUCAUCAGAAUUCAGUCACGCAUUAAAUCUGUGUGGGACUUCCCUCUGAUCCGUGUAACUUCAAAUCUCGCGAUAACACCGUCCCAACGCGAUAGUUUGGAUCUCGCUCUAAACUUCAAUCGCCGCAGCGGCACCGUUACAGCAAUGGCCGCUUUCCGCAGAGUGGCAGCGCUGGCUGGCAAGCUAACCGUGCGGUCCGCGGCACGGGGCGAACCAACCGGAGCCCCGGCCGUUCAGAGAAGAAGGGCACGGAGCUGUCUUGCCGUCGGGAUGUGCGCUACGGCGGGAGGCGCAGUUGCUCUUUACCUUUAUGACGGUGGAACGACAGACAGGAAGAGGGUGAUGAGGCAGAGACUCAGCAUCCACGGCUUGCUGUCCACGUCCAUCCCGACUGUUGAAGCCAAGGAGGCACGACCUUUUGACUUCGAGGAUGGAGAUGUGCACAUGUCGUCCCAUGAGCAUCGUUUCCGAAUGUUCAGCUCGGUGGAGUACGAAGGACAGCUGUACAUGACGCCGCAGAACUUCAUCGAGUCAGUCACCAUGAGUGAACCAAGAAAAACAAAGAAAACAUCUCUUUUUUUUUACAAGAGGCCCUGGAGGUCCCUGACCAAACAGGAGCUAGAGAAGAUACUGUCAGAUACCCCGCCAGUGUGGAGAGGAUCUUCCAAACUGUUUCGCAACUUAAGAGAACGAGGCAUCAUCUCCUACACAGAAUACCUGUUCCUGCUCUGCAUCCUGACAAAACCUCAUGCUGGCUUUAAGAUUGCUUUCAAUAUGUUUGAUGCAGAUGGCAACCAGAUGGUGGACAAGAGGGAGUUCUUAGUGCUUCAAGAGAUCUUCCGUAAGAAAAACGAGAAAAAAGGAAGGAAAGGAGAUGCGGAGAAGUCAGCACAGUUGAGUAUGCAGCUGUAUGGAUAUCAGGUUGCCCCCAUGAACAGCGUGCUAAAAAAAGACAGUCAGGAGUUUGUGGCACGGAGUUACUGGGACGUUUUGAGGCGAGGCGCCAGUCAAGUCCUCUUUUCUGACCUGGCGGAGCGCUCAGAUGAGAGCAUCACAAUUGAUACCACUCUACUGGUCCAUUUCUUUGGAAAGAAAGGAAAAGCAGAGCUCACAUUCGAUGAUUUCUACAGAUUUAUGGAUAACCUCCAGACUGAGGUAUUGGAAAUUGAGUUUCUCACCUACUCAAAAGGGAUGACUACUAUCAGUGAGGAGGACUUUGCCAAAAUCCUGCUGCGCUUUACCAACGUGGAGAACAUCAACGCCUACAUGGACAACGUCCGCCAGUGUAUUCCUGAUGAAAAGAAGCAGGAGGGAAUAACCUUCGAUGAGUUCCGAUCGUUCUUCCAGUUUCUCAAUAACCUUGAAGACUUUGCCAUUGCCAUGCAGAUGUACAACUUUGCUUCACGUUCAAUUGGACAAGAUGAGUUUGCUAGAGCGGUGUACGUGGCCACGGGGCUGAAGCUGACCCGUCACCUUGUGAGCACCAUCUUCAAGAUAUUUGACGUUGACCAUGAUGACCAGCUCUCCUACAAGGAGUUCAUUGGCAUCAUGAAGGACCGGCUGCACAGAGGAGCCAGGGGCUAUAAAGCAGUGGAGCGAGCGUCCUCCUUUAGAUCGUGUCUGAAGAAGGAGCUGGCAAGCAGCAGGUGAAGGGUCAACAUUCUCCAGCUGUGUUCAGACUGAGGCGCAGAGACAAGUGCACCAGCUUUGGAUGAGAUAAAAGGAGAAGUCUUCAAAAACAUGGCAGAAUAUCAGCGACCCAACUGAGCAGCAUUGUGCUUCCAAGAGUACAUCUUUAAUCAAUCUUUAAACCAGAAAAUAACCACAAGCAUGACUACACUGACUCAUGUUUUUAUCCGUAUUAAGCAGACUUUUGUGUUUUUGCUAUACGUUUGAAUCUAAUGCCAAUAGAUGGGAUAAGCAUGAGAUUGUUCAAUGCUAUCAGUGUUUUGAUUUAGUUAAAAUUGAAUAUUCAUUUAAAUCCUUGCUUUUUUCAUUCUAAUGUUAAAGUUACAUGAUUCAAAUGAGCUUUAUAUUUUGCAAAUAUGUGGUUUUCUACUCAAUGGUAGUGCAAACGCCGCACAUCAAACUACCAGCUAAAGAAAGCACAAUAAUUACCUGUGUUUGUAACAUACGUGUGAUAUGAAUAACAGAAAUGAAAAUUAUAAACUGCACAACACUAAAAUUUUAUAGUUCAUUUCCUGUUUUGCAAAAUUAUUUUCUUUACCUCACUUUCAAUCAUCUCAGUCUUUACUCCCAUGUAGUUUGAUUCCAUGUUGACAUUUGUUUUGUAGUGAAAAGAGAUAGAAUGCGUACACACUCCUACUAUACCUGGGAAUCCUUUGUUAUUAUUUUGUUAUGGCUGCAUUUAAAAUGUUUCUGAUUUGGGUUUCACAUGAUAAAACUGGAAAAAAUCUCAGUAGUUUCUCCUAAAUGUUGUCUGGUAUGUUAAAGUUUUACUUGCAUGAAUGCCGUGCCUUGCAAACAUUGUCGUAAUCUAAAAAAAGUUCAUUUUACACUAAUUAAUUCAGCACUGUGUUUCAUGUUGCCCAAAGUAAUAAUUAUAUACUUAAUGUAUUGUGACUAUAACAAAUUUAUCUAUAGUAAAAGGAUGAAGAGGGUCUAAUAUAACUAAUAAAAUAUUUAUCAUUACAGAAAAAUAAAUCAUUUUUGCACUAAACGUGUGUCUCGUGGAUUUGAUGAAUUUUCAUGCACGAAUAAACUUUUGGAAAUGCCA